UUCUCAAUCUCACAGGCUUAAUUAGGACAGCUCUAAUGAACAUGGACAGAGAAGCAAAAGAAUAUUAUGAAGUGAUUAUCCAGGCCAAGGAUAUGGGUGGACAGCUGGGAGGAUUAGCUGGAACAACCACAGUCAACAUCACCCUCUCUGAUGUCAAUGACAAUCCGCCCCGAUUUCCACAGAAGCAUUAUCAGAUGAGUGUGCUGGAGUCCACUCCCGUCAGCUCCACCGUGGGCCGUGUGGUUGCUAAAGACCUGGAUGAAGGCAUUAAUGCGGAGAUGAAAUACAGCCUCGUGGAUGGAGAUGGACUAGAUGUCUUCGACAUUAACACUGAUCCUAAUUACCAAGUUGGCAUCAUAACUGUGAGAAAGCCUUUAAGUUUUGAGAGCAAGAAAAGUUACACCUUGAAAGUAGAGGGUGCCAACCCCCACCUGGAAAUGCGAUUCCUGAACCUGGGUCCUUUCCGCGACACCACCACUGUCCACAUCAGUGUGGAGGAUGUGGACGAACCUCCUGUGUUUGAGCCCAGCUUCUACUUUGUGGAAGUGCCCGAGGACGUGGAGAUUGGAACCACCAUACAGAUCAUUUCUGCCAAGGACCCGGACGUGACCAACAACUCCAUCAGAUACUCGAUUGACAGGAGCAGUGAUCCAGGGCGGUUCUUUUAUGUCGACAUUACAUCAGGAGCACUGAUGACUGCAAGACCUCUUGACCGGGAAGACGUUUCUUGGCACAACAUCACUGUGCUGGCUGUGGAGCUGAACAACCCAUCACAGGUGGGCAGUGUCUCCGUGACGGUGAAAGUCCUGGAUGUGAACGACAACGCUCCAGAGUUUGCAAGGUUUUAUGAAGCUUUUGUCUGUGAAAACGCCAAAGCGGGGCAGCUGAUCCAGACAGUGAGUGCCAUUGACAGGGAUGACCCACAGGAGGGUCAGCACUUCUACUACAGCCUGGCUCCGGAGGCAGCCAACAACCCCAACUUUACUCUAAGGGACAAUCAAGACAAUACAGCGUGGAUUUUGACAAGGCGCUCUGGCUUCAGACAACAUGAGCAGAACACCUUUUACCUUCCCAUCCUGAUCAGCGACAACGGCCGUCCCGUGCUGAGCAGCACAGGCACGCUGACCGUGCACGUGUGCAGCUGCGAUGAUGACGGCAUGGUGAUGUCCUGCAAUGCAGAGGCCUACGUCCUCCCAGUCAGCCUAAGCAGAGGGGCUCUCAUUGCAAUCCUUGCCUGCAUCUUUGUCCUGCUAGUGCUGGUGCUCCUUAUCCUCUCCAUGCGGCGCCAGCGGAAGCAGCCGUACAUCAUCGACGAGGAGGAGAACAUACACGAGAACAUUGUCAGGUACGACGAUGAGGGCGGCGGGGAGGAGGACACGGAGGCCUUCGAUAUCGCCGCCAUGUGGAACCCACGGGAGGCCCAGCUGGUGGUGAAAAACCGUCAGGACAUGCUCCCUGAAAUAGAGAGCCUCUCCCGAUACGUGCCUCAGGCAUGCGUCAUGGACAACAACGUCCACAACUACGUGCUUGCCAAGCUGUACGAGGCUGACAUGGACCUGUGGGCACCUCCCUUUGACUCCCUCCAGACGUACAUGUUUGAAGGGAACGGCUCGGUGGCAGAGUCACUCAGCUCCCUACAGUCGGUGACGACAGACUCAGACCAGAGCUACGACUACCUGACAGACUGGGGGCCGCGCUUCAAAAAGCUGGCCGAGAUGUACGGUGCCACGGACAGCAGCGGGGCUCUGUGGUAACGGUCCAGGAAUGGCAGAGGGGUUUCCAUGCAAAACAGUGUCCUGUUACGUCUGUACUCAUCAGAUGCUUCCAUGGACAUGGGUGAGGCCUCCUAAAAAAUAGCAAUACGGUGCUUGGAUGAGAAUGGCAAGGGUACGAAUUAAGGUCUCUCUGGAUCAGCUUUACUCAGUUAAAUUCAGUCACAUUUUUGAAACAGUGAGAAGCAGAAGGAAGAAAGUUUUUUCCUGGUUUUUACAGCAAAAUUGGAAAGCUCCACAACUGGAAUAUAAUGACAUUACUCUCUUUAUCUCUUCCUCCCUCUUUCUCUCUCUUACUUGUACAUGGCAGCUUACUGAGCUCUAUAGGUCUGGGUUCAAAAAUCUGUAAACUGCAACUGUAAUCUCUGACUUGCUGAGAAAUUACCAGCACAGAAAAGUGGUUCCCCACCGGUUAUUUUUCCCCCCAUUAAAAAGGAAAAAAAAAUUGCUCGCUAACAAGAGGAAAAAAAAAAAAAUACCACAAAGCAGAAAAUUGAAACUGGAAUCUUAGAGGGCUCUUUGUAAACUAAACCUCCUCUCUCUGUUGCUAACAGAGUCCUUUUUUAAUCCUUUAGAAACAAGACUGAGGGUUUUUUUCCACCUGGCCGAGCAGGCUGGGAAAGAGGCUUUGAAUCUGCUCUAGUUUAAUGGCUGAUCUAUGAGCGUUAACACUAAUCCAUCUCCUAUCAAGUUUGUGUAAAUUUAUUCUCAGCUCUUUAAAACCACGACUCCCCUAAACUGCUCAGAACAAAACCAGAAAAUCUGCCUCUUUUGCACUGUAGAUGUCUCUUCCAUGUGCCAAAUGUGAAGAUUAGAUUCUACCAAUGAAAGCCAAAUAAAUUUAAAUAAAAAGAAAAUGCUAUAUUUGGUAACUACAUGGGUUAGAUGGGCUUUCCUAAUCUGUGUGAGGUCAAUCCAAGGGAUGUUUACAUACUGUAGAUAACCUACUUGAACAAAUGCAGUAUUAUAGACCAAUAAAUGGAUGUAAGAAAAUUACAUGUAUAAGUUUUGUAUAUUUGUUAAUUUUGGUAAUAAAUAUGAUGUACUGC